AAGCUCGAAACGAACGGUUGUGCGCAUCCAAUAACUUCCAAUAACUGCGACUCGCGUCUACUCACAAAUUAUUGUGUGGAGUUAUCAUUUGCAAGCAGAAAUAUUUAAAUAUAAAUUGUGGAAUAUUUCUAGAAGAUCGCGUUGACCACAAAUAUUAGCGGCCACUACUUUACGAGCAACUUUAGGGCGGCAACAAAGAUUCUAAAUUCCACAUUUACGCCGCUAAAUUGAGAACUUUUUGUAACUCAACGCCUUUCUGCUAAAAAUUUGUCAGAAGGCAAGCAACGGCUGCGAGAUGUUCACACACAAUUGGCUAAAGUGGCCAGUUCUAAUUUGGCUGCUGAGCUGCUGCUAUUUGUUGGCCUUCACUGAUGGUCAGAGUGAAAAUGCCAUUGGUGCUCAUCGUGUAUUUGAUAAAACAUCAUUCUCCUGUUCUGGACGGCCAUCGGGUUACUAUGCAGACGUUGAAACUGGCUGUCAGGUGUACCAUAUGUGCGACGGUUUGGGACGCCAAUUCAGCUAUUCGUGCCCCAAUACGACGCUUUUCCAGCAGCGCAUGCUAAUCUGCGAUCACUGGUAUAUGGUGAAUUGCUCCCGCGCAGAGAGCGACUAUGCAGCGAAUUUACUAAUUGGACAACGGGAUAAGCCGUUUGUGAACGAUGAGGAAAACAGUUUGCGUACACCCCGCCCUGACCUCUUGGAUCGACCUUAUGCACCAGAUUACUCUGGAGAAUCAUUCAGAGAUCAGUACAAGCAACUUCCGGCGAUCCAAAAUCAAAUACAAAUUGGCGAUACUCCAAAAAUACAGGACAAAUUCAGUGCAGUCACACAGUCGACACCGGGUCAGCAACACUGGAAAAUACCAUCACCGAGCCGCACUAUACUGCCACCAGCCUACGAAGCACAGAUCUCGGACGACAGCACUUCGCAAGCAAAUAGUGGAAACGUACAAUUUGUGCCCAAAACGCAACCAGCACCGCCAACCGUAGCAAAGACAUCAGGUCGUGGCCUGUCAAACAAUCGCUUCAACAGCGCAGCGCUACAUCAGCGCGGUCAAUCGGGUGAGCACGAGGACUUAGGUACGAGUCACAGUACUCGUUAUAAUACAUCAGCUGAUUUGAACUCUGCUGAGCAACCGAACAGAAAAGCGGCAAGUUUCCUUAAUAAGGACAACGUUAAAAGUACGAUUACUUUGACAACGCCUACAGUUACAACAACUCCAUCUACUACCACAACAAGAGCCGCAACCAGCACUACCACUAGUACUGUAGUUACGACAAAUUUACCUUAUAAAGUGCCAUCCAAGGUAUACGAGCCGCCAUUCCUGUAUCCAAUUUAUAAUGAAAAUGACACUGUGAGCACAAGGACAUCACUACGCACUUCGCCUGCCACACCCUUUACAACCUCACCAGCUCUGAACAAGUUUACAUCCACAACUCCCAUACCAGCGCCAAACCGGCCAACAACGCUGGCGGGCAAACCUUUCACCGUAUCAAACGGUGGUGUGACCACAAAAGCACCCACUAUUGGUGGACGUAGCCAGAAUAAUUUAAUUCAAACUAGUUUCGGUCAAAGUUCCAAAGAUAUACGCACUCCUACGCCAGCGCAAGGCUUUAAGCCGCCUACACCUCGUCCACCUGUAACUACAACCACAGGCGUGCCAAAAAGCCUGGAGAACUCUCCUUUUGACUAUAGUAUUCCUACCACAAAUCGUCUUCAUUUGCCUACACCUUUCAUAAAUACGUCGGACGCGACCGGAGCCCAAGUCAUCAAACCGCCAGCGAAACAACUUCUGCCCCCACAUCAAGAGUUUGUGCAACACGACAUUGCUACCACACAGGGGCCGCCCAUCUACUAUGAGUGGAAAAUGCCGUCAAAUGGACUUGAGCCACCGAAAUUGGAUCCGCCAAUUGGUGUGGAUGGACGCGAAUAUCCCGAAGCGACAUUCGAUUACAAUGCCAUCAGUGGCGCCAGCGAUAAUACAAACGCGGCCGAGCAAAAGCAAAUCUCGAAUAUCAAUGCUGCGCCACCAACAAAAGCGCCGGGUGAAAAUAAUCCAACCGCACGUACGCCUAUUUCGCGCUCCAUCAAAGAGACGGGACAGCCAAACAGCGUACACCGUGUAAAUGCCGAAAAGCCGAAAUCGGCAAAUACAUUGGUGGUCGCAACAGAUCGCUCCGACACAAUAGCCGUUCCAGCUUCGGAUAUCACACAGUUGCGCAAAGACUACUCGGUGCCCGAAUAUCUAUUUCCUUUAGAACCGUUGGGCCGUACUGGCUAUUUGUCGACGGAUGCGUACAACUCAUUUCUACUAAAGAUACCUGAACAUGGCGACGAUGAGCCGGAAGAUCACAGACAUUGGUUCGGCGAGAAUCCUAAAUGUCCCGAGUGUCAUCCGUCUUUUGUAGUGCCCGGUACUUGCGAACCCUGUAUACGGAGGUAGAUGGGUGCAACCGCUGAGGACUUGGAUCCAACGGGCAUUUAGUAUUUACACGAAUUCGAAGUUUAGCACAAUAAAUAAAUGACAAUUCUCUUCUUUAGUUUCAUUGCCUUGCUCUUUACUACAAAACAGAGUUGCAUUUGCAGCAUAUAUAGAGCUCCUAAUUUGUAAUUAAAUUAAGAUAGGGAGCGAAGCCAAGCGUGAGCCAUUAGCUAUACUACACACAUACACAUGCGAGUACAUAUGUUUUACAUAUACUUUAAUAUUAGUAUAUACAUAUGUAUAUAAUUUUUAUAACCGUUAUAAUUGUAAAUGGCUGCUACUAUACCAUGAACAAUACCUGUUAUAUAAAUUAGUUAAGUAGGAUGCAUAUUGCUACUGCUCGUGCCUGCAUUUUUCGCCUCCUUUUCAUUGAUAUCCAUAUACUCGUAUAAGUACAAGUGAGCGAUUAUUUAAUAUUGAUUAGUGGUCACUUGCCUUUUCAUUCAAUCAUCUAAAAUAGCCGUAACAGAUUUUCCCUGGAAGCAUUCAAAAAACAAUGGCUUCCAACAAUAAUACAAAAAUCCUCACAAAUUUUCUUUUCCAAUUCAUUCUUAUUUGUGCUUCACUUAUAGCUUUAUAAGUAAUCUAAACAUAGUUUUAUUACAGUAAAUGUUAGGUUAAGUUUGUAAUAUAUAUCAACCCCUCAUAUAUUCGUACGAAUGUUA